GGGUGGUCCGGGCGGCGCGUGCUCGGCCUCCAGCGUCGGCGGCACGCGAGCCCGCAAACGCCGCUCGCUCGCUAGCCGUUCAGGGUGCCUUUCGCGCCUGCGUGACCCCGAGCUAGGGCUCUGGCGCGCUCCCCGGCCCGCCGCCAGCCUCGUCCCUGCACCCGGGCCCAGCGGCCCCCUCACCCUCCGGACCCCGGAGCUGGCAGGCCCUACCUGCGGCCGUUCCUGGCUGCGUGCUCGUUGAGACCCCUUGACUCGCAUGCUCGGGGCUGCUUUCCUGUGCUAACCGCCACCAGCGAGCGGGAUGACACCGGAAAAACCGUGGUGACCCUUCUGGACUCCGGUUCUCUCUCCUGCAAAGAGAAGCAUGAAUCAGAAGCUAAUGAGGUUGGAAACCUUGCUACGACUUCACACUGUAUGUAGGCACCUGCAUAGCCUGAGACAAAGAACUCAUGCACAUUGGAUGCACAGGUUUCCAUCUGCUUACCCGGUGUGGACCACUCAGCUCUGUGCUCCGACCUGGCAGACAGACAUUCUCAUUGGCACUGCUUUAUCUCAGUAUCGGCUUCUAGUAACAAAGAAGGAAGAAAGACCAAGGAAAUCUCAGGUAUCUCCAACAAAAUCUAAAAAGGAAGUAGAAGUAUGGAUUGGAAUGACUGUUGAAGAACUAGCCAGAGCAAUGAAGAAAGACAUAGAUUAUGUAUAUGAAGCUUUAUUGAACACUACUAUUGACAUAGAUUCACUAGAAGCAGAUUCACAUUUAGAUGAGGUGUGGAUCAAAGAAGUGAUAAAGAAGACAGGCAGGAAGUUGAAGUGGAGCAAAUUAAAACAGGACAAAGUCAGAGAAAAUAAAGAUGCUGUUAAAAGGCCCCAAGCAGAUCCAGCUUUAUUAACCCCAAGGUCCCCAGUUGUUACUAUAAUGGGCCAUGUUGACCAUGGGAAAACGACGUUACUUGACAAACUUCGAAAAACUCAAGUGGCGGCAAUGGAAGCUGGAGGCAUCACUCAGCACAUUGGUGCCUUUCUUGUGUCUCUGCCUUCUGGGGAAAAGAUAACCUUUCUUGAUACUCCAGGACAUGCUGCCUUCUCAGCAAUGAGAGCCAGAGGUGCUCAGGUCACUGACAUUGUUGUGUUAGUUGUGGCUGCAGAUGAUGGAGUUAUGACACAAACCAUAGAAUCUAUUCAGCAUGCCAAAGCUGCUCAAGUUCCUAUUGUCCUUGCAAUAAACAAAUGUGACAAGCCUGGUGCUGACCCUGAAAAAGUGAAAAAAGAGCUUCUGGCUUAUGAUGUGGUAUGUGAGGAUUACGGUGGUGAUGUUCAGGCAGUACCUGUCUCUGCACUUACGGGUGAUAAUCUGAUGGCUGUGGCAGAAGCAACAGUUGUUCUUGCAGAAAUGUUAGAAUUGAAAGCAGAUCCUACUGGCCCAGUAGAAGGAACAGUCAUAGAGUCAUUCACAGACAAAGGAAGAGGUCCCAUUACAACAGCUAUAAUUCAAAGAGGAACUUUGAGAAAAGGCUCAGUUCUGGUUGCUGGAAAGUGUUGGGCAAAAGUACGCUUGAUGUUUGAUGAAAAUGGAAAAGCAAUCAAUGAGGCCUAUCCUAGCAUGCCAGUGGGAAUUGUAGGCUGGAGAGACCUUCCUUCUGCAGGAGAUGAAAUUCUUGAAGUAGAAUCUGAGUCAAGGGCACGUGAAGUUAUUGACUGGAGGAAGUUUGAACAAGAACAGGAGAAAAAUAAAGAAGAUCUAAAAAUAAUAGAAGAAAAGCGGAAGGAACAUCAAGAAGCAUAUCAGACAGCCCGUGAACAAUAUGGCACUUUGCACUGGAAGAAGAUAUCCUACAAAAAGUACCUUGAAAAAAAAGAACAUAAAAACUUAAAGCCAAAAGAAAAAGUUGAAAGAGAUUCAAAUAUACUUCCUGUAAUUGUUAAAGGUGAUGUUGAUGGUUCUGUUGAGGCCAUUUUGAACAUUAUGGAUACUUACGAUGUCUCACACGAGUGUGAACUAGAAUUGGUACAUUUUGGAGUGGGUGAUAUUACUGAAAAUGAUAUUAACUUUGCCAAAACAUUUCAUGGGGUUAUAUAUGGCUUUAAUGUGGAUGCAAAUAAUGCUAUCCAGCAGUCAGCUGCAAGAAAAGGAGUAAAAAUUAAACUCCACAAAAUCAUUUAUCGUCUUAUUGAAGAUUUGAAAGAGGAACUGAGCAGUAGAUUGCCCUGCAUAGUAGAAGAACACCCAAUAGGUGAAGCUUCUAUACUAGCUACCUUCUUUAUAACAGAAGGGAAGAAAAAAGUUCCUGUUGCUGGUUGCAGAGUCCAAAAGGGACAAUUGGAGAAACAAAAAAAAUUUAAAUUAAUCCGUAAUGGACAUGUCAUUUGGAAGGGAUCAUUAACCUCACUGAAACACCAUAAAGAUGACACUUCAGUCAUCAAAACCGGGAUGGACUGUGGCCUCAGUUUAGAUGAAGAAAAAGUAGAAUUUAAAGUGGGAGAUGAAAUAAUUUGUUAUGAAGAAAAGCAAGUUCCAGCUAAGACUUCCUGGGAUCCAGGAUUUUAAAUUUACAUUAAAAUUAUCAAUGCUAAAAUGUCCUUUUCUAUAUAGUAAACUUGGUGGCUCUUACAUGGGCCAUUCAUUUUGAUUAAAGGUUGAAAACCUAUUGUUUUAUACUGUUAAAA